GUGGAAUCAAAGGGUUAAACAAGUUUAGUGGGAGGAGAAUGAAGUCGUUUCCCGUCAAUAAUUUGUUUGUCGUCAAAGGAGAUCGCAGGUAUAAAGGCCCGUCUGAAGAAUCGCAUAAAGGCCGAUUGACAUAUUCCUGUGAGAUAUGGUGUCUUCAAUGACUACUACAGCGAGUGGAGUGAAGGUUGUGACUCAUAUUAUCCCACUGGAUGAGAAAACAGAAUCUACAGACCUGAAAGUGAGCAUGGUGGAGCCAGAAAUGGCCAAACUGCCACCCAUAACGAGGAUGUUUCUGAAAGGAAGGCCCAUGAUGCUGGGGUUGAUGCAGGUGUUUAUUGGUGCGGUGAUGAUAUCGCUGUUGGCCAUCACAAUGGUGAUCAACACCCUGCAUGCUGAUUUUGUUGUCACUCUUGGACUUCCUUUUAUCAUUUCUGGGGUUGUGGCCAUUACUGCACACAAGCGUCUCAGUACUACACUGAUCAAAGCCACACUGGCCAUGAGCAUCAUCUGUGUUCUGCUGGCUGCUGCAGGAAUCGGCUACUUCAGCUGGGAGCUCAGUUUUCGACCGGGGAAUGACGAUUGUAGUAAUGUGGAGUACUACUGGGAAUGUUCAUACAUGAGAAUGAAAUAUUAUGGAUUGUUGGAUGGAAUGAGGGGUCUCCUGCUGGUGCUGUCUUGUCUCGAAGUGUGUGUGUGCAUCACCCUGUCUGUCUUCUCCAUCCGGGCCAUCCGCCAGAAUGAAAAAGAUUAUGACUACACUGGCAGUGACUGCAGCCUUCUGAAGGAUGGAGUGGAUCCCUGAGGACUUGCACACUUUCUAUCUGUCCAAAGGUUUAAUCAUCAUUUAUGUUUAAAUGCACUUCUGUAUGGGGUAUUCUAUAUUCUCUGUGGGACCUUAGGGGUGUAGGUCCUGCCAGCUAUACGUAGUUUCUGUGUAUCACCCCUAUAGCACUUUCUAUAUAGAAUGUAAUCACAUUUAAUUAUAUUUCAGUUCUUAUUUUUCAUAAAAUUGCAUGCAAGAGAAAAUAAUUACAAAAUAACUGUUUUAGGGUUUCAUAUAACAUUAAAAAAGUUUGAAAUAUACUGUA